UCCUCAUUUCUCAAUUCUUAUGUUUUUGUUUUGGUUUUGGUUUUUGUUUUUGUUCUCUCUUCUUGUUAUUAUUAUCAGUAAUCCUGUUAGGUACCCUGUCCCAUUGUUUUUUGUUUUUUAACUCACAAUUCCCAUUUGGGGAUGUGACUUUUGUUGACAAAGAUUUAAGCUUUUUUGGUGUAGUUAGUUUCUUUUUUAAUGUUUAUCUCAUUUUGUGUAAUCAUCAUUGCUCUAUUCUCCUUGUUAGGUAGAGUUUGGAGCUAUUUUAAGAGAGAACUCUAGGUGUCUUCUAUUGAAGGACUUUUCUUUCUUUAUUUCUUCCCCUUUGAGUUCAAUGGAGACAGUUUAUGGUGAGGAACAGAUGAAGUGCAGCAACAAAAUAGACCUGACAUUGAAGCUGUCACCUUGUGGUGAUGAGAAAGAAGAAGAGAGGAGGAGGAAGCUGAAGAGGUCAUUAUCAGUGAUGAAUGAUGGAAGCAUCACAUUUCUGCCAUGUCUGAACAGAUCAAGCUCUUUGCCAUCAGAGGCUGAGGAUGGCAAUGGCAAGAGAAUGCUGCAUGAAAGGCUUAGGAGGAUUGCUGUGGCUGUCAAUGGUGCCAACUUCUUUCAAGUCAAGUCACUUUUAAACCCUUCCGGGAAUUCAAACCAUAUGCAGGAUGCACAUAAGGCACAAUCAAGCUCAGCUAAAGGACCCAACCUCAACAACAAUGCAUCAACCACAAAAACAAAUGAUUCGAUGGCUUCCAACAAAACAACAAACAUCAAUGCAAAGGCGGUUGACCUCAUCGACCUCAACACCCAAGCAUCAACCACAGAGCAAAACAAUUCCUUGGCUUACAAGAAAACAACAACCACCGAUGCAAAGGAGGCGGAAGGCCUUGACCUCGACACCAAUGCAUCAACCACGAAGAAAAAUGAUUGUCUGACUUCCAAGAAAAAAAUAAACACAGAUUCAAAGGAGAAGAUUCCAGACAAGAGAUUCAAGCUAGGGAACUACUGCAGCCUGAAAGGGGAUGUGAUGGAGAUCCUUAGGCAGAUACCGAGUGUGACGACGACAGGAGACGGCCCUAACGGGAGAAGAGUAGAAGGGUUUCUAUACAAGUACAGGAAUCGCCAAGCUUGCAUUGUGUGUGUUUGCCAUGGUAACUUCCUUACUCCAGCAGAGUUCGUUAUGCAUGCUGGUGGCAAGGAAGUGGAAAACCCAAUGAAGCAAAUCACUGUUUAUUUCAGUCCAUUUUAGAGGUAAGCAAGUUGGAUUCAUAACUAUGAAUCUUAGAUUAGUAUGUAGAGGGAGAGUGGAAAUUGUCAAUCAAAACUAUCUUUUAUUAGUUUAACUUCCAUAAUUA